UGGUCAAUCCUAGUCAGCAUUACUCCUAUAAAACUCACAUAGCCUCCAUUGUCUCCUCUUUAUCCUUCUUCACACAUAAACACUCUCACCCUCUCUCUUCCUUUUUAAACAGAUGAACUAAAACCACCAAACUCUAAAAAUUUAAAGAAAAAUUAAAAAAAAAAACUUCCAUUUUUUUUCCACAUUUUCUCUCUCCUCCAUGAAAAUUCAGUCUAACCGCUUCACCUUACUCUGAGAAAUAAUGGCAGCGAAUUCGUGUGAGUUUGAAUUUGAACACUGAUUUUUCUUUUUUCUUUUUUUUUUUUUUGAUUUUUUUUUUUCUGAUUAAGAAAAAAAGGUUGAGUUUACUAAGCAGAGUUUACAAGUUAUUCCAUGCUUUACCUCGCAAAUCACAAGGUGUUGAAGCAUUUCUAGGGUAUAAUUUAAGCUUAAUCUUUCUCGGAUUCCGUGAAUUAUAUAUAUAAUUAUAAUUAUAAUUGUAAUCAAUAUAAUUAAUAUUUAGGAUAAAAAAAAAGUUGGUAAUCGGUUUGUUGGAAGAUGCGAGAAAUGGCGAUGAAGCGCGAUUUAAAGAUUAUCUACAUCAAUUGAUAUUCGAGAAAAAAAAAAGCGGAAAAUCGAGCUGAAAUUCGUGUUUUUUGGGAGGUUAAAAUGACAAAAAUGGAGUACCGAGGAAUUGAGAAAAGCGAAGCUUCAUCAGAGUUAGUGUAAACAAAGAGGAGAGAGAAUUUUCAAGGUUUUUGGUGUGGAAUUUGAUCAUCGAUUUCAUCAUGCCGUUAACGAUGAAGAUUCAGCCGAUUGACGCCGGCGCCGGCGAAAUUCCGAUGGCGGAGCCGGCAAAGCAGCCGAUGGUGAAGUCGCGGCUUAAACGGCUGUUCAGGAUCUCGGUUUCUGAGCCGACUGUUCCGGUGGCAUCGUCGGAGAUGUUUGAGCCGAGUUCAGUUUGUUUAGCUAAGAUGGUUCAGAAUUUCAUCGAGGAGAGCAACGAGAAACCCUCGCAAUCGUCUGCGGUUAGGUGUGGGAGGAACCGGUGUAAUUGCUUUAACGGCAACGGAAGUGACGGGUCCGAUGGUGAGUCGGAUAACACUGUGUCCUCCGCCGAUGUCUGUGACUUUCUCAAGAGUUUGGUGGUGUGCGCGAGUGUGAAUGAGAGGAAUGUGUUGGCUGAUACGGCCAAGAUUGUGGCGGAGAAGAAGACAUGCAAGAGAAAAGAUGAGCUUAGGAAGAUUGUAAUUGAAGGUUUAAUGGCGCUUGGGUAUGAUGCUGCAAUUUGCAAAUCUAAAUGGGAGAAAUCCCCCUCUUUUCCAGCUGGGGAAUAUGAGUAUGUGGAUGUGAUUGUAGGAGGAGAGAGACUGAUAAUCGACAUAGACUUCAGGUCAGAAUUUGAGGUUGCAAGAUCAACCAAGACCUACAAAUCAAUCCUUCAGACACUCCCUCACAUCUUUGUGGGAAAAUCCGACCGCCUUUCGAAGAUUAUUUGUAUUCUCUCUGAAGCUGCUAAACAAAGCCUUAAGAAGAAGGGUAUGCACAUCCCUCCUUGGAGAAAAGCUGAUUAUGUUCAGGCUAAGUGGCUGUCUCCACCCACCCGAAUCGCCCCCGCCUCGACCACUACCACUGUCACCGCUACUCCGCCCCCAAGCCCACUCUCCCCUGCUAGCUUUGUCAUCAAUUCCGAUGGGCCGAGCCCUAAUAGGGCCGCGGAGUCUGAUCACCACCAAGCUGAUGAGUCAGAGCAGAGCCGGAGCUCGCCACCAUCGGAGUCGGUGUUCGAGAUGUCCGAGAGCUCAGGUGAGGAGGAUGUCAAGGAGAAAAGGAACAAUAAUCCCAAGAAAGCCCCUGAACUUGAGGUUGUCAUCACUGGUUUAGCUUCUAUCAUGGAGGAGAAACCAUAGAGAAUGAAACAAGAUGAAAUUUUGAUCCUUUUUUUUUUGUUUCUAUAUUAUCCCUUUUUUGGUCCAAAUUUUCUUUUUUGAGGGAGUUAGUUUUUUGGGUAAUUACUAUUAAGAAGAUGCAAAAGUUUAUAGAGGGGAUUAUGUUUAACUACUACUUACUACUACUAGCAACAACUAUUACUACUACUUGAUAAGUGAAUUGCAUGGGUGGGUGGUAGCUUUUGACCUCUAGCUCUCUCUCCCUUCAAUCCCUUCUGGUUUUUUGUUGUAAGGGUUAUAUUAUAUUACAAUCUCUACCUACUGAUAUGAAUCAUAUCAAUAAUAUACAAAAAAGCAGCAAAUAUAUUGUCAUAUAUAUUAUUACACCUUCAA